AUGUCUGAAGAAGAAGAACUACUAAGACUUCAAGAGGAAUUCUUUGCCAAACAAACAAGACCAGCUGCGACUGUCCGUGGCCAAAGAUUUGAGUUAAAUCUUGAAGAAAAUGUCACAGAACAUGAACCAAUAAGCAAAAAGGUUUUGGAUUUACGCUCCCAUACAAAUGGAAUUGUUCGCGGUGUUAUUGAAAAUAUUUCAAAUGGGCCGGUAAUAGCUCCAUCGUUUCCUAACGUUUCUGCUCCUAGUGAUGGGUUUCCGCAACCAAUUCAUAGGAGUCAUCGAAGUCUAUUCAGGCAAAAAAAACGUCAAGUAUUUGAGAGUGAGAAAACUUUAGAUCUCCAAGAUCCAAGUCCUAAGACAUUUAAAAGUGAGAAAACUUUAGAUCUCCAAAAUCCAAGCCCUAAAACAUUUGAAAGUGAGGAUUCAAUUUUUCUUGAAAUGAAGAAAAAGUUCUACCCUGAUACACCCAUAGAGUACGAAAAAUUAGAAUGGUUGGGUGUUGACUUCAAAAAUGACAAAGCACAAUCUUCUUCUGAACCUCAGAAAAAAGGAUAUGAUCCUUGGGCUACAACUCUAUUAGAUCCUCCUGAAGCAUCACAUAGAUUCGAUUUCAAUGGAAAGAUAAUAGAUAAGGACUCUAAUGUUCCUUCAUAUAUGGGCCUUCAUCAUCACGGAGCUGAGCCUGAUCGAGCUGGCUACACACUAGGUGAAUUGCUUUAUCUAAUGAGAAGCAUUGUUCCAAGCCAAAGAAUAAUUCCUUUAAAAGUUAUUGGAAGAAUUAUAAGGAAGGUUAGAGUAGGUUAUUAUGGUGUUGAAACUGGGAGAGGGAUUAUAGAUUGGGCAAUAAAAUUAAAGCUUCCGACUUAUCUACGGAUCGCAUUAGAUGAUAAAUUUGAGACAGUAAUAAUAGCAGCUGUUGAUACAAUGUCUGCUUGGAUUAUUGGCGGGUCAAAAGAAUUUUAUCAAGAAGAGAAACUCUGGGAGAGAGUUAGUAGAUUAUAUCGUGGAUGUGAAUUUGUUUCUCUUGGGGGAAAAAAUGAUGCGCAAACAAAAAAAUAUUUUGGAAUUGAGAUCAGUGAUUAUGAAGCUGAGGGAGAUUAUGAUACAAUGGAGACUCAUACUGAACUUGCGUCAAAAGAUCUAAUUGCAGGGCUUAUUUCGAUGGACAUCACUCAUCGACUAUUAUAUCUUUUGGAAUCAGCAAACCUUCCUCGCGUCACAAACGAACAAAUCUUGCUUAUGCUUGUUCGCUUUGCGCGUCAUUCGCGAAAAACUGCAAAAGUUAUAUUUGAAUGUCAUCAAUUAUUAGAUUUUGUUCAUAAAAAAUAUUUAUGCGUAGCUUGGCCACCUAUUAAUGAUUCAUCAAAUGGGCCCAGAUAUCCGAACUUAGCGGUUGCUAAGCUCAUUCACAUACUGUGCCAGUCCUCAAAGAAAAUCAGUAAAGAAAUUAUAAAUAGGUAUAUGAACACUUUUCUGAGAUAUGUUGCAAUCAAUCCAGCAUCAUUUUCUAAUGAAUUUGAAAUGGCCAUUGGAUACAACUUUUUCCAAGAAACAUUGUGCAUAUACCAAACCCUUGCUACAUAUGGACUUUAUCACGAAAUAUUUUCACAAACUUAUGGUAUUGUGAAUUGGUAUUUAGUGAGAGAAAUAUUAUAUUCGCUUACUCCUCCAUGGGAGUGGAAAAAUAGUGACGAUUAUCAAAUGCGACAAAAGCUGGGAAUAGCAAUAUCAUUCUUCAGGCUUUUGGAAAUUUGGGACUCAGUUGAUUUCUUGGCAAAUUGGAUGAACACAUUUUCCUCCUCUCUUUUAUCGCAAAAUAAGGAUAUUCACGAAGAUUAUGAAAAGGCAUUAAAUUUGAUAUCUAGCGUUACAAAAUAUAUUGCUGCGUGGUUUAAGUAUUUGGGCGAACAUAAUUUGAAAGACAUUAGUGAAAUACAGAGGAUUUGGGAAAAACUGUGCCUUGCAUCUUGGCCUUCGUCUCAUCUUUGCAAUUAUUUACGGGAUCAAUUAACUAAUUGGACACAAAAUACACAAAAAGUAUCAAGAGAUGAUAUUUGGCAGAUAUCAAAUUUAUCGGGUGCAUAUCAUCCAUCUACUUUUAAAUAUAUUUCUGAAUCCCUCUCAAUUUCAAUAAUAUAUGAUACAUACUUGUCAUACGUUUCUUUGAUUUGUCAAACGUGCCAAUUGCUUUCUAGCGACAAUAAAUUUUCGCUAAAAGCAUUUGAGAUGAUCAAGUUAAGUAUACCAAUUGAGCCGUUACAACUAUAUGCGGUAAGAAAUCCAGUGAAAGGCGAUUGGCUUGAUUUCUUCAACAAAAUGCAUAUUUAUUUGCUUUAUGAAUUGAUGAUUGUUAUCAAUGUGCUAAUUGAUAAUAUAGGAACUAAUGAAAUAAAAGUACAAAAUUUAAUGAACUUAUUACAUGACGCUUUAAUAAUAAUGCCUAAUAUUUUACCCGGCGAUGAAAAAAUGGCUUUAGAUGUUCUAGGCCGAAUAGUGGACGGAAUAUGUUCAAAGUCACCUGACGCUUCUAUGAGAGAGUGUAUCAACAUACUCCUGGCAUUUUAUGAACGUCGGGUUGUUACAAAUAAUAAUAAUCAAGAGAAUAAUACUUUUCUAUGGAAUUACGGCGGGUUGCCGUUGUCAAAGAAUUGGAUAUGGACACCAGUUGAUGUUCUUUAUUCUAAGAAAUCAGAUCUAGUAAUGGACACUGAAGUUCGGAUUGAAAUUACCCGAAGUUGUUUGACCUUAGUGUGCGAAGUGAUGAAAAUAUGCAAGAAUGUUACGAGUUUUUCAAUUGCUAAAUAUAUUAUGGACCCUAUUAUAAUUAUAAUAUCCAUUAUGAAAAUAUUCAUGUUGGAUGGCGAAAUAUAUAGAAUGCCUGACAUUGAACAACGGAUUGAUAAAAUUAUUUCAUCAUUCACUUUUCAACAAUCCUCUGUUGAUAAUAUUAAAUUUACUAAACAAGUUCUAGAAGAUACAACAGAAGUUCUCGUAGUACCAUUUUAUCAAUUUUUUACAGAUUUUUCUGCAGUUUAUGCAGCUGGAUCAUACGGUAACAAAUCUUUUGCUCAAUUGUUAAUUCUGCCAUUAUCAUCCACCUACUCCGUUGACUUUAAGCAUCGUGUAUGGAGUGAUUUGUAUGAUAUUCUGGGAACCAUUGGAAUUGAAUAUAAAGAUGUGAUAUGUUUGGAACCAUUAAAUUCAUAUUUUUGGCCUUUAGAAUCUAAUACGAGUAUGUUAUUAGCAUAUGUUGGAGCAGUCAUUCAUUGCAAGGUUACACGCGAAAAAACGCCAUUCAUGUAUUGGUUGGCAAUUCAUCAUCUGAAUGGAUAUGUGUUCUUUAAAGAUUGGAAAGAAGCAAAUGAAAAUAAUCAUAAAAAAAGGAUUGAUAUUUCAAAUGCAAUAAUCAAAAGUAAAAAAUCCGCGGUAAUUAGUGAUUGGAUCAAGUAUACAUCGAGGAAUUUUGGUGAAGAGGUGGGUGAAUUAGUUAAGAUGCCUCAAUGUUUCAUGGAAGUUGAAGAGGAAGUUCAACGUAGAAUAGAAAUAAUAAAAACGUUUAAAAUUGAAUUUGAUGGAGUAAUAUUUUGA